ACUUAGAAGAGCAGCUGCAGGCUUACUGGGAAGGAGUUCACAAUAUAGGCUCUUGGAUUAUUAGCAGAAAAACAGCUUGAUUCUGGAAAGGAAGGACGUGCAAGAAAAAAAAAAAAUCCUCAUCGUGAUCUGCAAGUGAAUUCUAUGGAUUCUCUACUUUGGAACAUCCACCAGUAGACAGAAAGCUUGAAAACAUGGAGCUGGGAAAGGCAAAACUGCUGAGAACUGGCCUUAACGCUUUAUAUCAGGCCAUCCACCCCCUGCAUGGAAUUGCCUGGACAGAUGGGAAGCAAGUGAUACUGAUGGCUUUAUACUACCACAACGGAGAGCUAAAGUUUGGAGACUCAAGUGUUGUUGGUCAAUUUGAACACGUUCAUGGGCUUUACUGGGGCCCAUGUUGCUCUACAGAUACUCCAGCUCUGCUUGCUAUUCAGCAUAAAAAGCACGUUAGCAUUUGGCAGCUGAGCUACAGCACUGCGGAGAGGAACAAACCCGUGAUUUCUCAGACUUGUGAAGUUGGUGAGCCCUUUCCACUGCUUUCCCAGGGCUGUGUCUGGCAUCCAAAGAAGGAGGUCUUGGCUGUGCUUACAAAAAGGGACGCUUCGGUCUUGCACACUGUUCGUACUGACAGUACUAGAGUUAAGGCAGAGAUCAAAAGCAGUGGACUUAUCCACUGUGCUUGCUGGACUAAGGAUGGUAGUCGUUUAGUAGUUGCUAUAGGCAGUGUCCUACAUUCCUACAUAUGGGAUGAUGCUCAGAAAACUCUAAACACCUGCUCUUUUUGCCCAGUCUUUGAUGUGGGAGGUUACAUCUGUGCUAUGGAAGCAACACUGGAUUUCCAAAUCGCUGUAGCUACUGAGCUUCCUUUAGAUAAUAUCUGUGGUCUGAAUGCGGGCAUCGCAUUUGAUAUGCCCUCUGCUACAGAAACUGGCUCUUCAGUCUCACAGUCUGCUCUGGUGCUUGGCGAUGAGGAAUACUCCAUGGACCUGCGAAGAAAGUCCACGGAUUCAGAUAGAUCAGGUGUUGAUUCAGUUGCUUCUUCUUCAUCAGGUCCUGUGGAUUUAACCCAUAUCCUUACAAACCACCGUCGGUCUGAUCCCGGUCCUCUUAUUACUCUGAAACGCAAAGAUUCUGCAGCAACAAAUGGUCAAGACUCUUCUCACUUGAUCUUGGUGACUUUUGAGAGGAAGGUAACCACCACCAGAAAAGUCACCAUCCCAGGUAUUCUGGUUCCUGAUAUAAUGGCUUUUGACCUUAGAGCUCAGAUUGUGGCAGUAGCCUCUAAUACUUCUAACAUUGUUUUGGUGUAUUCAGUAACCUCUUCCUGCAUGCCUCAUAUUCAACAAAUCCAACUGGAAAAAAAUGAAAGGCCAAAGGGCCUACGCUUUUUGGCAGAUAAACUCCUGUUGAUUCUGAUUGGCAAGCAAAAGUGCCCUGAGCCUACUUUCAUUCCAUCUUCAAAUUCAGACAGGUAUGUAACACGUCUGAUGAUCAAAGAAUUGAUGCUGGAAGAAGCUUCUUCAGGACUGCCCGAGAUGAAGCAGAAUAUGCUUUAUAACUUUGGAACCCCGGUUAAUAUACCUGGAAAAAGGAAGUUCUUUGAAAAUCUUGCUACAGAAGACCAACCUCAAAGCAGGGAGCUGUUAAUACCAAGAAGCACAGUUAUUCAAUCUCCUAGUGGCAGGAGAAGACUCAUCGAAGAAGUAAAGAGCCCUAGUUAUGAGCAAAGCUCUUCAUCAAGUGUGAGUGACCUGGAUGAAAAAAGGCUCCCGGGAGACCCCUCAGUGGCCUUGGAAACACUGGAUGCUGAACCCACCAAUCGUUCAGUGUCUCUUCGUGGGUUUGGAACGCCUACCAGGAUUUCCAGCAGACCAACUUCCCCUAAAGUGCAGUUCAAUGUAAUUGAAGAAACACCGAGUUCCCCUAAAAACAACAAUUUUCCAAGUGAAAGAGGAAUGAGUCACAUAUCUAGAAAUUUAGAGAGACUGUGUGGCAGCUUCAACGAGUUGCAACUGAGUCUUUCUGAAAUAACGGACUUUGCUAAAAAUGGGAGGAGGAUAUCUUUAGCCUACCCGUGUUCGCAAGAACCACCGGUCGUUCACAUCACUUACCAGAAAUGUUUUUCAAACGGAGCAGUUACUGAAGAAACAAAGGAUGUUCUCCUGUGUGAUGGCAAGAUCCACUUGAAUUUAGUCCAGCAGCUGUUUGAUCUGCCUGUUAUUGAAAUGAAACACGGCUCCUCUUGGAUUGUGCUCACUGCAGACAAGGACGGCUUUGUGCCAUUAAUAUUCAAAGCAGCACAAGAGAUAAUCAUAAGGGAUGGAACUGACAGUUCAGAAGUCUGUGGAGGACACUCCUACAAAAGAAGCAUUUCCAUGCGACCACCAAGCAGUGUGACAUAAUUUCUGAACAAAGAACGCUAAUGACCUUCUUUUCUAAUACAAUACAGAGACAGAAACUGAGUGACUAUAAAGCUGUCUUCGGUACUUUUAAUGUAUUUUAACUGUAAAAUCUGUGGCAUGGUUAUGCUAUAGCUAAAUCCUACGGUUGGCUGGACCCCGAUGAUUUCUUCUGAAGGAUCAGACCUGGAGUGAAGUUCACCACAAUUGUUGUUAUCCAGCCAUUGGGCUGGAGCAGAAAGAGUAGCCUCAACUUUAAUUCUCAUCAACAUGAAAGAAUAUUAUACUAAAAAUCAUGCAAUAACAACAAAUCCAGCUAAUACAGGUGUACAGCCCACACAAAAGACGAAGAAAAUACAACUAAAGAGCAUUUAUAUUCAUUAAGGAAAACUGAGAAGGGGAAAAAAAAAAAAAGAAACCGUUUCAGUCUCUGUUUGCUGUUCCAGUUGGAUCCCAUGGAAACCUGCAACGUUUUCAGAAAUGCUUAUUUUUUAUAUGAAAAUGUUCAGUUACCAAAAAGGUUGCAUCACUGUCUCCUGUCAGCGUCUUACACAGUAUGUAGAUUUAUACACGCACACUGAAGAGAAAGAAAAAGCCUUGCAAGGUAAAUUAAAGAUCAAAGACACUGAAUGUAAACUUCAUUUGGCUAAAUGCAGGUGUUUACACUGAACUUGUCAUCUAGAUGUCUGUGUGAUCAGUCAAAAAAAAAAGAAAAGCACAUCUACAGCCAAUUAUUCAUGCCCUAAUGCAGAUUUCUAGAACUGAUCGUUGUAAACCACCGCAAUUAAGUAAGUUAAUAAGUGCCUAUUCCUUUCCUCUGACUGCUAAAGCAGGGCAGGGUGACUGGUUUAAAUGCAAACAUUUACAUUUAGUCAGAUGAACCCCAUCCUCGGAGACAAGAGGCAAUACAGAUACAGCAGGCAGAGAGAUUCACGGAAGUUAAACUGUCACAAUUAUGGUGACAAUUAUGGUCAGGAAUAGGCAGAAGGGAAGAAAUGAACGAACUCUCUAAUUUUUCUUCCUGUAAAUGCAAAGAGAUGGGUAAAGUGUAAUGAGAAGCCACACGUGUGAGGCUCAGCUUGGACAGACCCCAGCAGAAACCAAGAAAAGGCAUACCUGCUUCGCCCUGUACAUUCAGAGAAACAAAAGGGAUAAGACUUAUUUAAGCUACUGUUAAGACUUAUUUUUCAUUCAGUGCAUUUGGGGUCUUCUUAAUACUCCUGGAAAGUCUUGUUUGCCUGCUUGGGAACCAUGGCAAGCCUGUUUACAGGGCUAAAAUCCAGUUACAAUACUUCACUCCUUACCAAGUCUGCAUCGCGAAGGUAGAUCUCUGGUCUGAAGGCACUUAAUGGUUUGGAAGUUUGGCAUUAGUACCAUUCCACUGAGGCAGCCAGAAAUCUCAUGAGGAACAGCUUCAAUUCCUUCAAUAAGGAAACAGUUUCAACUCAUUGAAUUAAACAAUGUCCCUCUCAUGCACGAAUCCUCCCAGAGUCAAAGGAAUCAUCGUUCUAAAUUGCCUACAACCACAGGUAUGCAAUACAGCUGCGUAUAUUUGCAUUACCUUGUUCACAAAGAACUUUUUAAGCAGCCUCGAGGAGCAUGCAAAACUAAACGAAAAUAAAUCUGACAUUUUAACUAUUAAACACAUCUAUUACUUUACAGUUAUUUGGUUAAUUGGAUUGCCCCCUGCUUCACAUUAAAACUGUGUUCAAAAAAGUAUUUGUAUUAUCAGUGCUUUAAAAAUUUGGGUGUAGUCAUGCUUUUCUUCUCUGAAAUAAGCCCAAACCAUUGAAAUCAAAUAAGUAACACAGAGGUUCACAGACUUAGUAUGGUGAGGGAAGACAUCAGGUUUCCAAAUCACACAGGACAUUUUGAAACAGCAGAUGUUUCUCACCCUGCAAAUACACUUGAACAACAUUCCUGUGUCUCACAACAGUAUCUGCUAUUCACAAUACCUACACUAUGGCCGAGUAAAAUAAAUCUUAAUUAGAACUAACAAGAAUGAUGGGAGGAUAUAUUUUAGAGGAAUAGUUAGACACAGCUAAACGAAGAACUGAAAGGGAAAUUUUCUCACAAAUAUUGUCUUCUACAGGUGGCAGUCCCAUAGUCUGGUCCAUUUGAAAUGAGGUCAAAAAAUACAUUAAAUGGAACAGUCCUGCACUCUAAGCACAACCUUGAGGAAGAAUAGGACUGAGCCUAUCAGGCUGAUAAAACAUCAAAUCACUUUUGUUUGUACUGUACAAUUUCUUUGAGUUCCUUACAUACUCUAUUCAUAAAGACUUCCUCGUUGCUAGACAAAUACUCAUAUUCCACCUUUUGUUAUCUUCAUGCCUUAGCGCUGUUGCAACGGCCAAAAGGGGAAUUCUGAGAAGGUAAAAAUCUUAACUAGCAGAGAUCAGUGAGUAUCUACGUACCAAAGAUGCCUCUGAGCUUAUAAUGAUCAUUAGACAUUUUGUCAUCAGUCCAUCAUGCUACCGUUUUAAUUUUUCAUGUAUUACUCUCCUGUAGAACAAUCUGGAUGUUCAGAAGAUCAGGAAUGAGAGGAGGUUCUUUGAAUCAAAGCUUAGUCUGGUGGAGACAAACUCUAGAUGACAAAACAAUUAGUUUCAGGGAGUAACUGGAUAUAAAAUGAAAAAACUUAGUUCUGUGAUGGUUAAUGAACUUCAGGACUUGCUGCACUUUGGUGACAUUGUUUUCCCCUGCU